UUCCAGGGAAGGCAGCGAGCAGGAUCCCCUACUCCGCGGGCGGCGCGAGGCGUCUGGCUCUUCGCGGUGGCUGCGAGGGGAAAGAAGCGCGGGGGCUGGGUGGAAUCGAGGAGUGAGGAAAAAGGGAAGGGGCGGGGGAGAGGGACCAGGGAAGGCGUCAGGGGGAAUCUCGCGAGGGUUGGAGUUUUGGCGAGAGUUUGUGGAAGAUGGCGCCUGUUGUGACAGGUCAUUGAAAUUAUGAGACUAUCAUUCACAUGGAAGCAUUGUAGUUCUUCGGAACCAUUAUGAUCUCAAAAGGAAAGGAGAAUGAUUCAGAUACACUGGCUGAGGUGUUUUGAGGUGCAUCGAAGUGUUCCAAGCUGUGACUUACCUUAACAUGUUCUUGAAGUACCAUGGCGUGGAUUAAAAGAAAAUUUGGUGAGCGGCCUCCACCUAAACGACUCACUAGGGAAGCUAUGCGAAAUUACUUAAAAGAGCGAGGGGAUCAAACAGUACUUAUUCUUCAUGCAAAAGUUGCACAGAAGUCAUAUGGAAAUGAAAAAAGGUUUUUUUGCCCUCCUCCUUGUGUGUAUCUUAUGGGCAGUGGAUGGAAGAAAAAAAAAGAACAAAUGGAACGGGAUGGUUGUUCUGAACAAGAGUCUCAGCCAUGUGCAUUUAUUGGAAUAGGAAAUAGUGACCAAGAAAUGCAGCAGCUGAACUUGGAAGGAAAGAACUAUUGCACAGCCAAAACAUUGUACAUAUCUGACUCAGACAAGAGAAAGCACUUCAUGUUGUCUGUAAAGAUGUUCUACGGCAACAGUGAUGACAUCGGCGUGUUCCUCAGCAAGCGGAUAAAAGUCAUUUCCAAACCUUCCAAAAAGAAGCAGUCAUUGAAAAAUGCUGACUUAUGCAUUGCCUCAGGAACAAAGGUGGCUCUGUUUAAUCGACUGCGAUCCCAGACAGUUAGUACCAGAUACUUGCAUGUAGAAGGAGGUAAUUUCCAUGCCAGUUCUCAGCAGUGGGGAGCAUUUUACAUUCAUCUCUUGGAUGAUGAUGAAUCAGAAGGAGAAGAAUUCACAGUUCGCGAUGGCUACAUCCACUAUGGACAAACAGUGAAACUUGUGUGCUCCGUUACUGGCAUGGCACUCCCAAGACUGAUAAUUAGGAAGGUUGAUAAGCAGACCGCAUUACUGGAUGCAGAUGACCCUGUGUCACAACUCCAUAAAUGUGCAUUUUACCUUAAGGAUACAGAAAGAAUGUACUUGUGCCUUUCUCAAGAAAGAAUAAUCCAGUUUCAGGCCACUCCAUGCCCAAAAGAACCAAAUAAAGAGAUGAUAAAUGAUGGAGCUUCCUGGACAAUCAUUAGUACAGAUAAGGCAGAGUAUACAUUUUAUGAGGGGAUGGGCCCUGUCCUUGCCCCAGUCACCCCUGUGCCUGUUGUAGAAAGUCUUCAGUUGAAUGGCGGUGGGGACGUAGCAAUGCUUGAACUUACAGGACAGAAUUUCACUCCAAAUUUACGAGUAUGGUUUGGGGAUGUAGAAGCUGAAACUAUGUACAGAUGUGGAGAGAGUAUGCUCUGUGUCGUCCCAGACAUUUCUGCAUUCCGAGAAGGUUGGAGAUGGGUCCGACAGCCAGUCCAGGUUCCAGUAACUUUGGUCCGUAACGAUGGAAUCAUUUAUUCCACCAGCCUUACCUUUACCUACACACCAGAACCAGGGCCACGGCCACACUGCAGUGCGGCAGGAGCAAUCCUUCGAGCCAAUUCAAGCCAAGUGCCCCCCAAUGAAUCAAACACAAACAGCGAGGGAAGUUACACAAAUGUCAGCACAAAUUCAACCAGUGUCACAUCCUCUGCAGCAACAGUGGUGUCCUAACUACCGUCUUUUUGCUAGGACUUAAACUGACUGGAGUGCCGCAAGAUGUUGACAAAAAAAAAAAAAAAGAGAGAGAGAGAGAAAGAAAAAGGAAAAAAAAGAACAAUCUUUUGUGGUUUCUUGGGAAAACUUUUCAUACCAGGUGAUACUGUUCCAAAACCCCAUUACCUACAAGUGCUGAUUGGAAGCGCAGAAGCCACAGUAAAACAGACAAGGAAAACAUGGAAAUGUGCAAACUGUUGGAAGUUGAUUUUUUUUUUUUAAAGCUGUUCUUUUUGUUUGAUUGGGUUUUGUUUGGUUUUGUUUAAAUGGGCAAGAAAUAGAGAUGUGGCUGGAAUAAAAGUUUAUCAAACUAGAGGACACAAAUCUAACAUAGUUUUUACGGACCAAGGAACUUGUAUAAGCUUUAGCAAAAGGUACAUUUUCACCAUACCUUUUUUUUAUAUCACAGUAUCUAGUACACCUUUGUUACCAAAUAGGUGGUUCUCCUUCCUGCCUCCUUUUGAGCUUUCAUUCUUCAGUACAUUCAAGUUCCAAGCCUGACCACACUUGUUUAAUCUAAUUACCCAUAUUCUUCCAGGUUUGUUUUGUUUUAUUUUUUAAAUUUGAGGCUGGAACUAUUCUUUUUUUUUGCCUUCUUUUUUCUUUUUCUUUUUCUUUUUUUUUUUUUUUAAAGCUGAUGUCUUACGACUUUUCAUGAGUCGAAAUUGUUUUGAUUUCAGCAAGUCAGAUCUUGUAAAGGCCCGCAUAUUUUUUUAAGAUUAUAUGAAGUCUGUGCAAAAGCUUUAAAAAAAAAAAAAUGCCUCUGCCUUGCCUGCAAUACAUGCAAUGUACGUGAACUUCGUCUCUGUUCACAGACGCUGUCCCGUAGUUACUUCCUUGUUUUCCUUUUUUUUUUUUAAGGUAUUUAUAGUGGUAUUCCAAGAGGGUCUAACAUUUAUGUGGAAUUAAAUGUGGCCAUUUAGUCCUUAAGGAAUUAAUGGCACAGAACAUGCUGGGUAUUUGAAGUGUUCUCUCCCAUUUUCCCAUGCAUAAAUGUAUCUCCGUGUUCCAGGAUUUGUUCAGGUCCCUUCCCCCACCCCCACUCCCCAAUUCCCUGAUCUUGUACAUAACUUGUAUUAUGUGUAAGUUAAACAUUUUAUUUUGAACUUGGAAUGUUCCCAGUGAUUUCAUUCAGCAGGGUGUUUUCUGCCUUGUGGGCAUAUGACAAAAAAAAAAAGAAAGAAAAGAAAAAGAAAGAAAUACCAUGAGAUGUAUUUGCUACCAGUUGGUAGAUGGUGCCCUUAUUGUAUAACGAGGAAAAUCUCAGUAAAAGCAUGUGUUUGUUUACUUUUUCUUUCUUUUCUUUUCUUUUCUUUCUUUCUUUCUUUCUUUCUUUUUUUUUUUUUUUUGUAGCCUAGGUCAAAACAUCAUUGUAACCUUACAACAAGAUGCUUUUAUUAGAUGACCAACUAAAAUAGCUUGGAAGACAGUACUUUAGAACAGAUAGUUGUGAGAUUAUAAAACUGCAGAUGUAAUUUAUCUUUCCAUAUUUCUCUGCCUUUCUUAGUCUUCUCUUUGCCAGUACUGAGUGUCCC